AUUCCAUUAUUUUCCAAUUUAUGUUAUGGUACUAUCAGAGAUGGUGACCGACUUUCGAAUUCGAUGUUCUCUUUCACUGUAAUAAUCACUAAAAAGAAGUGAGGAUUUUUAAAUUGUUCGCUGGUAUCCCUAGUUGCAUAGGCCUACCUAGCCUAAGGGCUGAGAUAAGUUGCUUGCUUUCCGGAGAAGUUGCUUACAAGCUAGCCAGAGACAUUUGUGAGAAUUUCUUUGUGGAGCCCGUCUGUUCCUGGGGACUCGAACGCUCAUUUCUCGUGGAAGGCUCCGAGUACCAAUAGAGCCUUGGAAUUACUUGAUUCAGAAUACGCAAGUUUCCCUCUUCUGGUAUUGAGAAAACGGUGAGAGAUGGGAGGAGAACAAAGCCGAGACGCCGGGGGCGUGGUGGGCGUGGGGGGUCGGAUGGAUAGCGUGGAGGGGCGGGGUCCCGACGCCCGCCCGACCUCAACAUCCCCACGCCCAUCCAUUUGUUCGGACGCCGAUCUUCCUUAUAUCUCCUAUACUGUCAAUCGACCCAUAGGCGAUUCCCCCAAGCACACCAGCCGCGGAGUGCGUGGCCUGAGGGGCGGAGGUGGCUCCCCCAGGAAGUCCCGAAGGCGAAUUCAGCAGCGCCCUCAGGAGGUGGUGGUCGUGAGGGAAGCCGCCUCCAACUCCACAGGUGUCGACCCGGAACUUGCUCGUCUGCAGUCCAUCCCAACGUUCCUACCGAUCAUGCGAGGAGCUCUAACGGCUCCUUCGGCAAGAGACCCCGAGGUUCUGGAGAGGCUGGACGCUGGCGCCAUGACUGCCCUCUGCAAGAGAUACCAGGCUCACCUGCACGCCGUGGCCUACGUCACCUCUCACCAUCAGGAUAACCUGUCGGCGAAGAUCAGGGAGGUGGACGCGACCAUGAGCGCCUUGGUGUCGCAGCUGACGGACCGUCAGAAGAGCUUCGCCCGCCACGCCGAGAAGCUCAGCCAGGUGACAGAGGUGAGCCACGCCCUCGCGCGGUGCCACGCCUCCCUCAACCUCAUCCUCGAGAGCCUGGAGACCCUCAACGACUCCUUGCCCAUCCAGGAAAGGCUGGAACCCUUCGUCUGACGACUGGAUAGGCUCUGCCGAAGGGAGCCGCUGAUAAGAGUAGUGGUCCAAUGGAACGGCGGCUCUGAUAGAUUGUCAAGGAAGUAAUUAUAU